AGUUGUUAAAGAAGAAGGAGGGGGAGGAGGAGCUUGUCCGCGGUGCGAGUCCGGCGCCCCGCGGUGUCAAGGAGCGGGCGGCGCGCUGGCCGUGCCCCCCACGUGCCGGCAGGGGCCAGCGCGGUGUGCACACGUUGGGUGCGCGCACGUGUUGUGUAACGAAGCAGUACACGGGGGACUGCCGCCCCCCCACCACCACCACCCCGGGGCCCCCCACCCCACACCCCCGCUUAAGAGUACACGCUUGCACAGAUUUAGUACACGUGGUUUGCCAGUGGCCACUUUGACUUUUUGUUUAAAGAAAAUUAUGAACGUGGUUAUAUUUUAACGUGAACUACAGUGUUAGAUAUUAGGAUUUUUUUUAUUUAUUAUAGAGUUGGAUUCUUUUUUCGUUUUAGUAAAAAAAAUUGAUCGUGAGUUUUUUUUCCCCGCAAACAGUAGCAGUGAUUUUUUUAUUUUGUUUGCACGUUUUCCUGGCCUAUACUUUACAUUUAAAUGUGACCAAAACCAGGAAGUUGGCAUUCCACCAGUGCACUUGGCUAAAAAAAAACUUGCCAACCAACUGUUCGUGAGCGGGGAAUUUCCCGACGUUUGCGCUUAAUGACACAAUUAAGCUCACGGUUACAGAGUACAUAGAUACAAGCGCCGUGGUGUUUGUUUUUACUACUUCAAGAGAUUAAGGCGGGGGAGACUGAGAAAAUAACUACUGUAAGAGCCAACAAGAACCAGGAACAACCAGACGAAUGCGAGAAUGGAAGGGACAGGCAGCUAUCCCGUGGUCAUCCUGUUUGACGAGAAUGGAUACGAGUGGGGCGACUACAUGGUCCAGUUAUUAAAAGCGAAACAAACAUGCCUUCGCUGCCGCAAAAUAUCGCUCGACGGCAAGCCGCUGUCACGUGGCGACUCAUCCGCCAUCGGAACCGCUUCCUGCCGUGUGCUAAUACUCACGGCCGGCCUGAUGGAGGGCCUCACAGACUGGCCCAUGAGCAGGGAUCUGCUCAAGUCGCUGGUGCCCCCCAAAAGCGUGCUGCUGCUGCUGUGCGGGGUGAGUGAAGAGGACGCCCAAGGCCUGCUCGUCGCCCUGCACGUCUCUCACCGGUGGAAGAUACUGUCCUGCGAGAGCGCCCCGGAGAACUUCGUUGCCACCAUCACCGACAUCGUCACCGAAGGUGGCACUGCCGAUGAGCUGGACUCGGGGAUGGACAUGAAGACGGACACCGACACGGACACAGCAGCGGGGGAAGCGGGGGCGUCCAGCGCCUCGCCCCGAGGCAGCGCCACUGUCGUGCUUCCCUCCCGCGUAAUGUGUGGGGAACAAAUGGAGCUGCACGUGCUACUCCGCAAAGAGCUUGAAGAGCAACCAUCACUCGCAUGCAGAUUCAUGCACAAGGAUCAGCCUGCACUGCAGGUUCCUGCCCAGCGUGUAAACCCAUACACCGUUCGCUGUACAGCACCCGACUUGCCCCCAGGUACUGUGCAUGUUGCCGUGUGCUCUGCUGGGGUAGUCCGAGAAAGUACCUCCUUGACGUACUACACGGCGUUGCAGGAGGUUGGGAACAUCUUGGAGGACGUCAACAACCCCAUUGCCUUCAUGUGCCAGGCCUUCAAGAUUGAGCCACAUGACCCGGAAAGGCUUGACAUGCUGCUCGCAGAUUCCUUACGGGAAAACCUCCCUGCCUCCAACUUGCACCUUUUUGGAAAUCACCAGCUCUCCAAUACUAAUACCCAGCGAGAGGAGGAACUGCCCACGCUGCUGCAUUUUGCGGCCAAGCACGGCCUGCACAACCUGACAGCGCUGCUCUUCCAGUGCCCCGGGGCCGUGCAGGCGUACAGCGUGGCCAACCGCAGUGGCCUGUACCCCAACAACCUGGCCGAGCAGCAUGGCUUCCAGGACCUGCGUAAAUUCAUGGACGACUACGUGGAGACGAUAAUCGAUGAAAAUGAGAGCAAGUACGUGGCCAUGACUCCAUGCAGAGUUCCUCCCACGCCUGCACCUGAAGACGAGGAGCCAUACAUCACCAUGGGCCCCGGCAUCACCGCGAAGCAGCAAAGCCUCCGUGCUCUUGGCAGAGAGAGAGCAUAUUGUGGCGUACCUCUGCCUUCUGACCCGUUUGGUUUAUUCGGGCUCACGCACUCGGACGCGUCGCUUCGUAACCUUCUUGAGGGCACGACUCAAGAAAUGCAGUCGGGCCCGCCCAAGGCACGGCCUGCAAAUACAGAAGAAAGGUCGCAACAGAAUUGGCCGAAAAGGGCCUCUCUGAAGCCAGCAAGGUCACCACCAGCUGUUGCCCAGCACCAGCCGGAGAAAGGUUUUGAAGAUGCGUCUGCCAACCAGGACCCAACGCACGACCACUUUGCGGGCAUGAAGACGCCCGGGCAGCAGCAGCUCAUCACGCUGCAGGAGCAGGUGAAGGCUGGCUUGAUCUCCAUCGACGAGGCGGUCAUUCGCUUCAAGGCGAAUCAGAUCGACGAGAAGCGCCGUAUGGCCUCUUUCAAGUUCCAUGAGGAAAAUCUUAAAAACAUCCGGGAAAGCAUCGCCCGGAGAAAAAAAGAACCCAGUCUAAAGCAGCCAGAUUUGAAUGAGGAUAUAGCUGUCGGCCUGUAUGAAUCUCUGCCGUCAAAAGAGGUUCCUCUUCCGAGCCAGGGGGCGUUCCGUCACCGUCCCAUGCGCGACUCUACCUCCAGCACAACAAGCUCCGUCAGCAGCCGCUCAAGCACUCGCAGUUUGCAGAGCCUGAGCAGCGGAGCAGAGGCAGACAUCGAGGUGACUGACAUUCUCACUUCCCAAGCCUCCGAGGGAGAUGGUGAGGGCGAUAUGCCGCACACUAUGAAGGAAAAGCGGAGGACCUCGGAGCCACCAAUGUUGGGAAAGAAAUAUGUUCCUCCUCUACCUGUGGGUUCUAAAAGAAUGAGCUCCACAUCCCCAACUGCGACCGCACCCAGCUAUCCGCGUCCACACUCCGGCUCGAUGACACUACAACCUCUGCAGAUACAGCAUAAAGCCCCUCCUGUCACACCCAGGCCUCCGCACACCCUCCCAGCCAAGGGCCAAGAGGCACCAGCAGCAGCAGCAGCGAGUGCCCAGCCCAGAGGGACACCACCCCCCCUGUUACCGCGGGGGAAGAGCCCACAAUCACCCAGGCAAUGAGCGGGAGGUACAGUCAGGCAUACCAAUGGGGCCUUCUCCCACAUGGGACCGAAUGCAACUUGAAGGGUUAUUUUUAUUUUGUGUUGUGGUGUAAUUGCAAAACUGUGAUGAUAAUAAUAUGCAAUUUUCACUGUCGUGCUUAUUUAAAUGUGAAAACAAAUCGAUAAAAGCGUUGCACACCUAUUUUGAUUGCAUGUGAUAUAUCACACGCCAAGGUUGCGUUUAUGUAAUGUGCGCGCACGCGAGCUCACACGGACACACGGGGCCCGCCCGUGUGCACGCACGGAGGCUGAGCCGAAAAGUCAAUACAAAGAGACUCCUCUGGAGAGCUAAUAACCCGGAAAUACAUUCACGGAAUACAAGUGCACACAAGCCUCCCAUUUUCAACAUUUUAAGAUCGAUCCACUUCAGCCUCGCUUUUGGUUGGAGGGUUUUCUACCCUAUUCUUCUAAAAAAAAAAGAUAUCACGAUGUUCGCAUUAGAUUUUUAAAUGGGAGGUAUUCUUAAAACUCGUUUACGAUGAUUUAUAUAUAUAAAAUCCUUUUUGUGCCAAAUUAGAGCCCUUUAUUAUCACUGUACAGUUCCCCCCAAACCUUAGGUUUUGCUUAUCUGUAAAACUGCCCUUGCAAAAAGUCUGACAUGUUCUACACACUUAUAUAAUUCACGAGGGCAUGCAUACUAUAAUAUAAAUGAGACAAUCAUCUUUGCAAAGUUUUGCCAAAAGGUGAGCAAUUGUAGCAAUAACCGUGGUGCUGCUGACAUGCAGACGCAUGCCUCUGUGUCAGCGUAAUGGUCACUCGCCAAUUGCGAGGUCCCAGUGUUUUUUUAUGUUUGUGUUUUUCUUUAAAUCAUCUGCAUGUACGCAUGUCUUUAUCUGACCAUUCCAGAUUUCUCUGGGCUGUGCGUCAUGGCAAUAAAACUCACUUCCAUGCAGACAUGCAGCCACUGUGCUGGAUUAUGAAAGUUGGGUUAAUAUGACUCAACAACAUGUGAGCUAGCUUGGUUAUCACAGCGCAGGCAGUCACCGAUGAGGUUAUUUUGCUAUCUGUGGCGUGAGCCAGCAGCUCAAAGGCUGCACCUUACACUUUACCCCUUUCAGCGUCUGUAAUCGGACAUGGCGCUUUUUGCUGUCCAUGUUGCACUGAGGAAUUUUACACUUUCCUUCAACAACUAUGCCCUUUUCCAAUAUGUAAUUGGUCAGAUCUAAUAAUAAUAAUCAUAAUGUUGAACUAUGUUAUUUAGGUCCAACAAACGACACAGUACUAUGCACAAACAUAAAUUAAGAUUUAAUCUUAAAAAUAACGGCCACAAUGCCGGAGAUGGUGGGAUAUGACUAAACACUAGCUAUGAGGGAUAUACAGCUAGAUGUGUUUUACUGAGCAUGCCAUUCUCCACAUUCCUCGGCAACACAAUGAAUGCUGGAUGUAAUAAAAAUGCACCCUCAAUGUGUAAACCUUUUGUACAAGAUGCAGCUUCGCUGUUGCAGCAGCUCCAUUCCUCGGCUGUCGGUGGGGUGGGGAGAUUUCGCAGCUGGUUUGUCGCAACACAAAAAACAGGUCACAGUUUCCCAGUGUAGAGUUAGCAAUGGGGCACAAUGGCUGCCUCCGGUGCCCAGGGUUGGACACACAAUGGCUUAAACAUUUUAAACGUCCCCCCCGCCCCCCGAGAGUUGCGUGGCUAUUGAUGUAUAUGGAGAUGAAUAAAUCUGUAGGGCAACACCUAUUGGGCCCACUUUUUAUGGGGCAUGAAACAUAUUGUUUGCGGCCUUACAAUGGGGUGUGUAAUUUUUUCUCUCUCAAGAUUUAUGGAGGAUCAUGGGGCCUCCUUUGCCAGUACCAAAAUAUGAGAAGAGGUUUUCCCCUUUUUUUCUGGCAACAAAACAGGUGUUAAGAUAUUCUUGGUUCUU